CCUCCGGAACAUAGUGGAGCACUGCAUGCGCGCCACUGUGGUGUAUCAUGACCUUUGGUCUGUCAAAGUCACUUUGAAGCCAGGAGGACAUUUCAACAGAAUCAAUUCAACUACAAGAAAAAAGGAAGUGGUGGAGGCUGAGGGGGAGCCCGUGAAGGAACUUUCCUUCACCAUGAGCAACUACUUCAGUAUGGGCGUUGAGAGCCGCAUCGGCAGAGGCUUCGACAGAUACCGAACCAAGUCGCAAGUCUUCAACAAAAUGAGGUAUGGCAUUGAGGGCUUCAAAAAGACAUUUGUGACACGGACAAAAAGCAUAAAUGAAAUUAUCUUGGACCUGAGGAUACACCCCAACACCCCAGAAGAACAGACCCUCUUCACCACCGACAAAGCAGCAGCAAAGGCUCAGCAGCUGCCGCUGCUCAACAGUAAGAUGGCACCAAAGGCUGCUGCAGCGGCAGCAGCAGCAGCAGCGUCAGCCCUAACCACAGCAGCAGCAGCAGCAGCAGCAGCAGCUAGCGCAGUGCGGCCAGCAGCGCGCCCAGCAGCGGCAGCAGCAGUUCGCUCCGUCAGCAGCAGCAGCCCUACCCACAGCAGCAGCAGCAGCAGCAGCAGCAGCGUGCGGUUCGCGUGUGCGCCUGCUGCAGAAACGGCUUCUUUGGUGGUUUUGAACAUUCCGAGCUUCAGCGGAGGAAACGACAUAUGGGCUCCUUCAAAGAAACUUGCAACAAGAAUGUUUGACAAACAAAAACAGAAACAAAACAAGGAGCUGCUGAAAGUGCCGCAGCAAAUGGGAGAUGAGAAACUUGAAUUUAUGACCUUCAAGAAUAUUCCCUCAUUAGGAAUGGAGUUU